AUGUUAUCAGUAAGUAACCAACUGAUGACAGUACCAAUAGCACCGCUGAAUUCAAAUUUAGGACAUAUCAAUGAGGGGAAAAUAAAUGAAAUAAUUGAAAAUGUGAACGUUCUUCGCUUGAAUGAGCUUGUUUUGGGUGGUUAUGGUGAUAUUGUCGUCCAGGCAGUAUCUCUAUUUAUUGAUGAUCGAAACUGUGUGAUAUUGCGUUGUUGGGAUACCACUUUACCAUCAAAGAGAAUAUUUAUGUUUAAUGAUGAUGUGAUUACCGAAGUCAUAUAUCAAGAUGAAAAAAUGGAAAUGAUACCGAUAGACUAUUGUUGUGAUAUAGUGUUAUAUGAAAAGCAUGCUGAUUUCGCUCGAAAUAGUGUAAAGUGUGGUGAUGUCCUACUGCUUAUCAACACUCAUUUAUACUACUCAAAGGAUAAUGUUACUCUAGUAAUGCAUAAUGGUGGUCAACAUUACAAUAGGUCAAUUGUCAUUCUUGACGCUAAUAGCAAAUUGAAGCGUGACCUUUUACGUAAUAUUGAUGACUUCAAUACACAAAUUGGUACUGAAGAUAGAAGAAAUGUCGAAGACAUAGAACAACAUCCAUAUACGAGCUUACAGCAAGUCAUUCGAACACCAUCAUUUGACGAAUUGAAUGAUUUUGAGAAUGAACAAAGAGAAAUGUGGAAAUAUUGGGCUGGAGAACGAAUGCGACAAAUUCACGCUUUACAUUUAGCAUGGAUUUAUGCUUAUGCUUGCAAAAAAAAAGAGAAUAAGAAUGCGCAACUUCAGCGACCGUUUCAUUUAGCAACGGCGGCAGUGCAAUUCAUUGUUCAACAAACUCUUAAACGUCUUUUUAGAUAUAAUAAAGAUCUCUUCGUAAAUUUCACGAAGUUAUCACGUAACCAACGGAAUACCAUACUUAAGAAUUUCUUGCUGACAUAUAUAGAGGGAGUAUACGACGACGGAAUAAUUUCGAAGCUAACAAAUUCUGUUCAAGAAACAACUGGCGAAGAUAAACAAUCGGAUAACAAAGAUUUAAAAGUGAUAGGGGAUGAAAAUUCAAGUGAUGAUUAUGCAUGGAAUUUGUUGUGCAAUUUAUUGCCUGGAACAAUUUUGAAGUUUUCAAGUUGGCAAGUUACUUUCUCGUACAAUGAAAAGACGAAGAUAUUGUUUGUAUUGAUAUGUCAUAGAUGUAAUCUAUGGUGCACAACAUCAGCUAAAAAUUUUGAUAUGACGCCAUUAUGUCCAGUUUGCUUUAAACGUGGAAUUACUGACUCUCAUUUAUUCCUUCAGUGCUACUUCCUUUUCAGUGGGAUACCACGUACUGGGGAUGUUCAAAGCAAAAAGUAUUAUUUUCUGUUGCCGAUUCAACUAUUGGAUUUUUUUCUUGUUGAUGUACCAGAGAGUCCGCUGAAAGCUGCUCGAAACUACAGAAAAGGUAUCUCUAGCGAUCAGAAAAAGGCUUUGACUACAUCAAUUCAGGAAAAUAUGUUGUCCAAAUAUUCCUUUGCUUUGAAUGAAGUUAUCGUCCGGAUAAUUAAGGCAGAUGUAGCAAUUCUUGAAGUUGGAAAACUUACAUUUGCAGAUCGAUGA